CUCCAGAUCAACAUGGGGACCUGGAUGAAGUUGCUUGGCGCUGGCAGACAGCUGCACACUAAUUCCACUCUGUUCAAACUAAACUGGUCCGGAGCGUUCAGGACCGGGGGCAGCCGCUAUCCCCUGACCGACACACCAGGCCUGAGUCGGCUCUACGCCACCACCGGGACCUCCCAGCAACCCACAGCCCUGUUAGCUGGCUGCAGGUUGACCGCUGCACCGCACCGAUGGAUGCGUGUUGGGAGCGUCCUCCGCGGCCACACCGGUCUGCUCACACCGAUCUACCCACGUUACACGAUCCAGGACAGAGCGUUCGGUAACCGGGCCAGCGGUGCGGGUUUCUCCGGAGAGGACGGUGGGGAAAGUGCGGGCUCAGGAGGAGAGGAGUCCGGGGGAGAUGGGGGAGCAUCAUACAGUGGACCUCAGAUGACAGCUCUCACCCCCAUGAUGGUACCAGAGGUGUUUCCCAAUGUGCCACUGAUCGCUGUCAGCAGAAACCCUGUGUUCCCCCGCUUCAUCAAGAUCAUAGAGGUGAAGAACAAAGAGCUGAUGGAACUGUUGAGGAGGAAGGUUCGACUGGCUCAGCCAUAUGCUGGAGUCUUCCUCAAGAGAGAUGAUAGUAAUGAGUCAGAUGUGGUGGAGUCUCUAGAUGCCAUUUACUCUACAGGGACCUUUGUUCAGAUUCAUGAGAUGCAGGACCUGGGAGACAAGCUGAGGAUGAUCGUCAUGGGACACCGCAGGAUCCAGAUCACAAAACAGCUGGAGCUGGAGGUGGAGCCUGAGGAGGCAGCAACAUCCCCCGUGUGGUCAGAGUCAGAGUCUGAGUCUCAGUCCAAACUUCCAGCAAGACGCAAAGCCAAACGUAACCGCAAGGACCAAGCAAGUACACCAGCAGAGCAGCUUGAGGACAAGAUUGCAGAAGCUGAUCUGAGCCCAGAGCUGAAGCCUCUGCCCUCCUCCAACAUCCUGAUGGUGGAAGUGGACAACAUUCAACAUGAACAGUUUACUGUCACAGAGGAAGUCAAGGCAUUGACAGCAGAGAUAGUGAAGACCAUCAGGGACAUCAUCGCACUCAAUCCUCUCUACAGAGAGUCAGUCCUCCAGAUGAUGCAGGCUGGUCAGAGAGUGGUUGAUAACCCCAUCUACCUCAGCGACAUGGGAGCAGCUCUGACAGGAGCAGAGUCACAUGAACUACAGGACGUUCUGGAGGAGAUCAAUAUUCCCAAGCGUCUCUACAAAGCUCUGUCUCUGCUGAAAAAGGAGUUUGAGCUCAGUAAACUGCAGCAGCGACUGGGACGAGAGGUGGAAGAAAAGAUCAAACAGACACACAGGAAGUACCUGCUGCAGGAGCAACUCAAGAUCAUUAAGAAGGAGCUGGGUCUGGAGAAAGAGGACAAGGAAGCCAUCGAGGAGAAGUUUAGAGAGAGACUCAAAGACAGGACUGUCCCUCAGCACAUCAUGGACGUGAUCAAUGAAGAACUCAACAAACUGGGACUGCUGGACAACCACUCCUCAGAGUUCAAUGUGACCCGUAACUAUCUGGACUGGCUGACCAGCAUGCCAUGGGGCACCAACAGUGAAGAGAACUUAUUGCUAGACAGAGCCAACGAGGUUCUAGAAGAAGACCAUUAUGGAAUGGAUGAUGUUAAGAAACGUAUAUUGGAGUUUAUAGCAGUGAGCCAGCUGCGUGGCUCCACCCAGGGGAAGAUCCUGUGUUUCUACGGUCCUCCUGGUGUAGGAAAGACCUCCAUCGCUCGCUCAAUAGCCAGAGCCCUCAACAGACAGUACUUCAGGUUCAGCGUGGGAGGAAUGACCGAUGUGGCUGAGAUUAAAGGACACAGGAGGACAUAUGUUGGAGCGAUGCCAGGGAAGAUUAUCCAGUGUCUAAAGAAAACCAAGACAGAGAACCCUCUGGUACUAAUAGAUGAGGUGGAUAAGAUGGGCCGUGGUUACCAGGGCGAUCCAUCCUCAGCACUGCUGGAGCUUCUGGAUCCUGAACAGAACGCCAACUUCCUCGACCACUACCUGGAUGUUCCUGUCGAUCUGUCAAAGGUUCUGUUUAUCUGCACGGCCAAUGUGAUUGACACCAUCCCAGAGCCCCUCAGAGACAGGAUGGAGAUGAUUAAUGUGUCUGGAUAUGUGGCCCAGGAGAAGCUGGCUAUCGCUGAGAGGUACCUGGUCCCUCAGCUGCGCUCUCUAUGUGGGCUGACUGAGGAGAAAGCCUCAAUCUCAUCUGAAGCCCUCAGUCUGCUCAUCAAACAGUACUGCAGGGAGUCUGGAGUCAGGAACCUGCAGAAACAAGUAGAGAAGGUUUUCCGUAAGGUGGCGUUCUCCAUCGUCAGCGGGAAACAAACCACAGUGAGUGUUGCACCUGACAACCUGCAGGACUACGUGGGUAAACCCAUUUUCACAGUGGACAGAAUGUAUGAUGUCACACCCCCUGGAGUGGUUAUGGGUCUGGCAUGGACUGCUAUGGGAGGGACAACAUUGUUCAUAGAGACAUCACUGCGACGUCCUCCUGGAGGAGCAGACUCGAAGGGAGAGGGAUCAUUGGAGGUCACAGGUCAGCUGGGUGAUGUUAUGAAGGAAAGUGCUAAGAUAGCGUCAACCUUUGCCAGAACCUUCAUGAUGACACAGCAACCAGAAAAUCACUUCCUGGUCAACUCCCACCUACACCUGCAUGUCCCUGAGGGAGCGACUCCCAAGGAUGGACCAAGCGCUGGCUGCACCAUUGUCACCGCACUGUUGUCCCUGGCAACCAACCAGCCAGUACGUCAGAAUGUAGCCAUGACUGGUGAGGUGUCACUGACUGGGAAAAUACUGCCAGUGGGAGGAAUCAAAGAGAAAACUAUCGCUGCUCGUCGUGCUGGUGUGACGUGCAUCGUCCUGCCAUCUGAGAACAAAAAAGACUUUUCUGACCUGCCAGACUACAUCACUGAGGGCCUGGAGGUCCACUUUGUGGAUCACUACAGCCAAAUCUAUCCCAUCGUUUUACCACACAGCAAGUUGUAACUUGCUUUCGACUACAGCACUAACAACAAGCCAAAACGGAGCCAGACUUCUUUCACUUCAGGACCCAAAACCUGUCCAUUACCACAGAAGACCGAUUGUUGUUCUGCUUGUACUUAGUCAAAUCCACUCUCGUUCUGACUCGUGUUUUGACUGUAAACAUGCAGUAUGGAUUCUGAGGUCUUGGUGCUACAUCAUGUGUUCCAACAAUGUCCAGAGAAGCAGUUGGCUGUGUGAUCCCUUACAUGUAUGUCAUACUCAGCCAGUAGUUCGACAGCCACCACGUGACUCCUGAAUGUAGGAAGACACAAGAUCACUGAACUGGGACCAUGCAGUGUGAAAGAUGGACACACAGCGUAAAGUGAUGAUGAUGAACACUGGCCUGUUAUCACAGAUUAUGAUGUCAUCAAUGAGCAGAAGUGAGUGUGGUGACUUUGCUGUCAGGCAGCCUCUUCACCCACUGUUCUCAUUGUACAGGGCUGUGGAUGACUCUUUAAUAGAUGUAUUAUAUUAUUUUAUAUUAUUACUGGUCAGAUGAGAUGAUGAUGUUGAAAUAAAU